AUGAGACAGGCCAAUGUUUUUAGAAAAUAAAUUGGAGAUAACACUUUUAAGAUUAUGAAUUAUAUAUGGCUAAGAAAUGCUCAACCACUUCAUCAUAUUUAAUCACUCUUAUUGAUGGUACCGGGUCAAAGAGUUCUGAGUAUGAAUUAAUUGUAGAAGCUCAUAACACCAUUUUUGGACAUCUUGGUUAGAACUAAAUCAAGUAAUAAAGGGAACAACAAUUAUGUGAUCUUCUUCUAUUUAGGAGUGUUGGUAGUGGAGAUAUAAUUGUACAGAUCUCAUAUUUCAGUAUAUACCUAAAACGCUUUAGAAACCCUUUGAUAGACUAUUGGGAGGAAACUAUCCAAAAAACAUUACAUUUUUUUUUGUAAUUGAUUGCUAAGAAAAUUAUAACUUUGAACAAUUAAAAGACUCAAUUGAAAAAAUGAAACGCAAAUACGAUAUUUAAUUUAUAGCUUUAGCAGUUGUUGAUGCCUACCCAACUACCUUGAAUUCUUAGUUACGAGAUAAAUUACAUAAUUAAAAUGCUAGUUGUAUUGCUGCUGUAAAAAUACCUAGACCAAUUUAUUAAUAAUCCUCUCAAAGAAAAGCUAAGUCAUAUAUUCAAGGAAAUUAAAGAGAAACUUCGUGUUUAUUCAUAACGUUUUCAGGUGGAUUAGCCUGUUUAAUAAAUUAUAAGCUAAGAGUAAACCAACACUGCAUUUUCAGAUGAACCACUUCUCAGAGUUAGUGAUGGUUCCAAACUAAAAUUAGACUGUAACGAAAUAAUACCAAUUGAAAAUCCUAUGCAUAUAUCUCUUCGUAUACUUUACUCUUUGUAAUAUUAGAUCAACCAGGCAAUAGCCUGGAAAUCAGAUUAAAUUCAAGUUUUCUAAAAUAUAUAUAGGAUCAUUUCAUCUAUCCUAUCCAAAAUGAAAAUUCCAGAGAGAGAAAAAAUAAAGAGGCAAGAUAUCUAACAAAGUAAAACCUCUUGA